AUGGGAAGCCGCGGGUCUGGCGUGCCGGGGCCCACGCUCUUCCUGCUGCUGGUGCUGCCGCCGCCGCUGCUGAGCGCGGGGAGCUUCCAGCACGACGGUCCAGGCUGGAAGGACCUCCACCACCUCAGUCUGGACUGGGGGAACCUCUACCGCCACCUCAGCCAGGACGCGGGAACCUUCCACCACCUCCGCGGCCCCAGCACCUGGACCCGGAAGAGCCGGGCAGAAGACAAGAAUUCCUGCCAGAGCUCUUUUGACCUCUACUUCAUCUUGGAUAUGUCAGGCAGUGUGAACAACAACUGGAUGGACAUUUACACCUUUGUGGAGGAUUUGGUCAAGAAGUUUGACAACCCUAACCUGCGGAUGUCCUUCAUCACUUACUCCACACUGGGUCACACCCUCAUGAAGCUCACCUCAGACAGGAAUGAAAUUCGUGACGGUCUUAGCAGACUUCAGAAUAUAGUACCUAGUGGAGCCACACACAUGCAGGAAGGAUUUAAAAAGGCAAAUGAGCAGAUUCAACAAGCUAACUCAGGAGAAAACAAGGUUCCCUCUAUGAUUAUCUCCUUGACCGAUGGAACCCUCGAGGAAGCACCGUUUGAAAUGACUAAGGAAGAAGCUGACAAGGCUCGGAAAAUGGGAGCAACAGUAUACUGUGUGGGUGUAAAAGACUUUGAGGAAGACCAGUUACUGGAAAUUGCAGACAGCCCGCGUCACGUCUUUGGAGUGGACCAAGGAUUCAAGGCUCUUAAAUACAUCGUUGAGCCACUCGGAACUAAGUCCUGUAUUGAAAUUACAGCUGUGGAGCCUUCCAGUGUCUGUACAGGAGAUGAAAAUGAAUUGAUGAUUUCUGGAAAAGGAUUUAAUAAUGCAAAGAAGAAGGAUGAAGUUAUUUGUAGAUUUAAGUUCAGCGACAAGCAGUUCUUUGAUAUAAAAGCCAAGUCUGUGAAAGAUACCAGUAUAACAUGCCCAGGAGUAAAGAUAGAGAAGCCAGAUCAGGAGGUCUUUGUUGAAGUUAGCCUGAACAAUGGUGUCAGCGUCAUCAACAACAAUGUUAGCAUCACCAGCAAGAACUGUGCGAGUACCAGGGAAGGGGCACCAGAUGACAAGAGUGCCCCACCAGCUGCCCCACCAGCUGACCCACCAGCUGACCCACCAACUGCCCAGCAGCCUCCCGAGGAGCCUCCCUCAUCACCACCCCCACAGUUCAUCCCCUAUGUCAACCCUCUCUACUUCUCUGCCCUCAUCCCAGCCCUGCUCCUGUUCCUCCUGGUGCUCUGGUGCAUCUGGUGGCUGUGCCGCAGGAAGACUACCAAGGAGCCGCCACCAGUGCAGAAACCAGAAAGGGAGCCAGAGGAGACAUGUCAAAUGUCAUGCCCCACGGUGAUUGUCCCUUGUGGGUGUCAAGGAGGCGGGAUGAAACGAAUGGAGGGAAAACUGGAUACCUUGUGUGACUUUGUCCAGCGCUGCAACCAGAUGUCAUUGAUGUGGUGUCCGCCCAGGGACACGGGGAAGUGCCUCAACUUCGCCCUAAUGAAGCCCCACUGUGGGCAAUUGCACUGCAGCCCUAAGGUCUGCCUUCAACCCAGCCGGGAGUGCUUCUCCGUCAACAGCUGCUGCUCACGGUGCCAAUGCCCCCCGCCCGUGUGCUCCAGGCUUCCCUCCAGGAUGCAGCCGCUCAUCUCUCCCCCUGCCCGGCCACGCUGCGGCGCCACUUUGUCACUCCAGCCCCCAUAG